GAGUCAGUAAAUUCAGCAUUCCCUCUCAGACUCAAUUCAGAGUGGCAUCUAUAGGGGUCAUCAAACGGAGCUGAACUUCACGUUUAGAUGAAUUAACUACACGCACAGGACCGGGACUGUCAUUUAGACUCACUUUACCGGCUGGACCGCGCGUAGUUCAUCUUUGUCUGAUGCUGCGUAAAAGCUGACCGUGGAAACCGCUGCAGGCGCUCUCAAGAAAUCGCAUCGGAGGAUACCGCUCAGUGUGAUUUUGCUGCCACUACAUAUAAACUAUAUCGAGCACUUGCGCUUGUUUACACGAGGAGACAAGAACUGUUGAUCCGGACAGACCUGCUUCUCAUCCAAAUGGAUGCGCAAUGAUGGAUUAAUCGCUUUUCUAUGCAACUUUUUCCGCGCGGUGCCCUGAUAAACUCCUCCUGAGGAUUUUACGCCAGCAACCUUUACCUGAUUUAUCCUUUCAAGAUGUCAUCGGAGUAUUUGAUAAGGUCACUGCUUAUGCUCUUUCUAGCACUCUUCUCCGCCAAUGCGAGCAACUGGCUAUACCUGGCAAAGCUGUCAUCAGUGGGGAGCAUCUCGGAUGAAGAAACCUGUGAGAAGCUCAGAGGACUCAUCCAGAGGCAGGUUCAGAUCUGCAAGCGUAAUGUUGAGGUAAUGGACGCAGUCCGCAGGGGUGCUCAGCUCGCCAUCGACGAGUGCCAGUUUCAGUUCCGCAACCGACGCUGGAACUGCUCGACGCUAGAGAGUGUUCCUGUGUUUGGCAAAGUGGUCACACAAGGUACACGGGAAGCUGCAUUUGUGUACGCCAUAUCUGCUGCUAGCGUAGCCUUUGCAGUGACCAGAGCCUGCAGCAGUGGGGAGCUGGACAAGUGUGGCUGCGACCGCAAUGUGCACGGUGUCAGUCCAGAAGGUUUCCAGUGGUCAGGAUGCUCGGAUAACAUUGCAUACGGGGUUGCUUUUUCCCAGUCUUUUGUGGAUGUCAGAGAACGAAGUAAAGGACAGUCCUCCAACAGAGCCCUAAUGAACCUUCAUAACAACGAGGCAGGGAGGAAGGCAAUUCUGAACCACAUGCGAGUGGAAUGUAAGUGCCACGGCGUUUCAGGUUCCUGCGAAGUAAAAACCUGCUGGAAAGCAAUGCCGCCGUUCCGCAAAGUGGGCAACGUCAUCAAGGAGAAAUUCGACGGCGCUACAGAAGUGGAGCUGCGCAAAGUGGGCACCACCAAGGUCCUGGUUCCACGAAACUCGCAGUUCAAGCCGCACACAGAUGAAGAUCUGGUGUACCUGGACCCAAGCCCAGACUUCUGCGAACAUGACCCCAGAACUCCAGGCAUACUGGGAACAGCAGGGCGCUUCUGCAACAAGACCUCGAAGGCCAUCGAUGGCUGCGAGCUCAUGUGCUGCGGUCGCGGAUUCCACACGGAGGAGGUGGAGGUGGUCGACCGCUGCAGCUGCAAGUUCCACUGGUGCUGCUACGUCAAGUGCAAACAGUGCCGCAAGAUGGUCGAGAUGCACACGUGUCGGUGAUCCAGACUGCAGAACUUAUCGUCACCACUUCCCUACAUGCACAGGGAAACCAGACAAAUUCCCCAGCAUUUCAUGAGACAAUAGAGGAACAUGUCAUACAUGAGACUUUAAAAUAUAGGGGCGAAUAUACCCGAGGUCCCAAUUGAGAGUAUUUUUCUCUCUUCUCGUUCUGUUUGUAAUUGUGGUUGCUCUCUUAUUUUUAUAUAUAUAUAUCUAUCUAUCUAUUUUAACUUAUUGCAAUCAAAUAGAGAGUGAAUUUUUAAUGUGACGCGCACCAGAGGAGUGCCAUUGGGAUCAGGGGCACAUGAAUAUGGAGAAAGGUCAACAUUUAAAAGCCUUUUCAUUGUUAAUGCUGCUUUAGGGUUUCAUCCUGAAAGAUGGACUUCGGACUAACUGAGAUAUGCAGUCCAGGUGUACAUGUACUUUCCAUAGAGUUUUCCAUGCUCAUGGCCAUUCGUUCCUGUGAUGCUGCUUGAAUUCAAGAAUCACUCACCGAUAAUGUACAGCAAGUAUUAAAGCAAGGCCUGCUUUACUAGGGAUGCAAACCGACUCCGAACGAGACGGAGUGGAAAUAUAAGUGUUAGCAAGCUGUUUGAAAAUCAAAGUCGUUAGUUAACUAGCUAUUGACGCAGACGGAUGAUUGGUGCUGAGCUGUAACCAUGCAUCUGGCGCGAAACUGACAAACAUAAAUUGUUUACCCGCUUGGGGUGCUUGGACCAUGGAUUCUGUGCACGAUGACUCUAGCACUUUUCCUCUCCAGACGCACAUACCGCAAAUAAGCAAAUCCCCCAGCAUUCCCUGCUCCAUUAGUCAGACCGAGUGACUGAAUUAUUUAUGUACGAUACCAUAACUCCAAGCUUUUCUAUAGUAAAACUUGCUAUCCAGUAUGCUUUUAUAAGAAACAUAGGUUUGUAAAGACUUAUACACUGAAGAGGACUAUAUUUCAUAUGAAUGUAUGUUAAAUUGAAAUAUAUGCCGUGUCAAAGACUGACAUGUUUGUGAUUGUGCUUAUUGGGUGAAUUGCUCUUUGCAAAUGGUGAUUCAUGGAAGUAGGCCGUUAAUAGUAAAACAGGUUCCUCAAACAUUAACCAACUUGGUGGCCAGAUCUUUUCUUUUUAGCAGGGUUUCAGUGGUCUUUAUGAAUGCAUUCAGUCUUGUUUAAUGGGUUCACACAAAGAUAUUUUGUAAAGUUUGGUUUUGUAGCUCAGUUGACAGCACCUGUUGCAUAAUGUUGAUUACGAAAAAACAUUUUUUUUUUUUUUUUACCAUUAUUGCAUUUAAAUAAUCCACAAAUUGGCCGCCACACAAUCUACGUGCCUCACUAUAACCACAUCUUUUUCUUUUUUUUUUUUGAGUCAAAUUGAGUCAAAAAAGGUUGAGUCAAAAUUAUUUUGGUAAUCAACAAUAUGCCAUAAUAUCCCAUUAUGCCAUUGCUUGGACUGAAGCUGGAAUAUUCUUUUAAGUUACACAUUCAAAAGUUUGCCAUUAGUAAGAUUUUUUAAAGAAAUUAAUACUUUUAUUCAUUUGAUAACUGAUCUAAUGUGACAGUAAAUAAAAUAAUGUUACAAAAUAUCUCAACGUAUUUCUAUUAAUCAAAGAAUGUAUCAUGGAUUCCACAAAAAUCAGCAUAUUAGAAUGGUUUCUGAAGGAUCAUGUGACACUGAAGACUGGAGUAAUGAUGCAGAAAAUUAAGCUUUGAUCACAUUAAAUACAAUUUUAAAAUAUAUAUAUAAAAAAAUGUAAAACUAGUAUUUCAUUAUUGUUUCCUUAUUGUUUUUACAGCAUGUUUGAUCAAAUAAAUGAAGCCUUGGUGAGCACAA